AUGGAAGCAAAGCGGCGGCGGCUCACCAAGCUGAAGAAGAAUCUCAACGUGGUCUCGAACCUCGACUCGAACAGCCUCUCGCGUUGUGCCUCACCCAUGCGUCAUGACGGCAGAUCUGUGCACAUUGACUGCAGCGUCGGCGAAAGCGCUCCGUCGAGCUGUGUCGGGUGCAAAGCCAUCCGCAGAUCAUUUGCCGGCGACACCAACCCCCCUCGAACAGCACAGUUCCACGCUGGCUCGCUGCCUAGCUUUGCGCUGCGUCUCAAGUCGGACGACUCUCUCGAAAGCCUCAAGAGUCGUGCAGCCAAGAAGAUCCGCCUUCAGCUCGAUGACGGCAUUCCACUCGUGAUCAAGUACGGCUGGUCUGGUCAGACUUAUACACUCGAAGAUUCCGACGACUGGGAGAUCUUCCUCGAACGAUUCGGUAACGAAAAGGAGGCUGACCGUGAGUAUGAUGACGCAGCCGAGCUAUGCUAUUCGCCAAUGGACACAAACGCUGACUUGAACCCGGCAUCUCAUCUUUAUCAAACCAUCUCUACAGUCUUCCUCGAAUCGCCCGAGAUCCCAUCCCACGGAGCAGAUGCUCAUUCGGCUGAUGCACACGAUGGGCCCAACGUCCCCGUUGUCGACGAGUCGACGCUCGUCCACCGCACCCCUGGUCGAGGAAAGAGCGGCGCUGUCAGCAUCCACCGCGUCUCGGCUCCGUUUGUCCCCUCUGCCGACGACUACAGCGAAGCAGGUGGAGUGACCGCCGGUGGACGCGACUCGAUCAUGUACCCACCUCCCCGCGAGCCCACCGCCGCGCCUGGCUACAGCAAACCCACCGUUCCCGAACCUCCCGCGGCCAAGGCGACGUUCGACGACGCCGUUUCGACGCACACGUCCAAGACGCGCAAGACCAACGCCACGGUGUCGUCGGUGCCUUCGCACAAGAUCGCGUUCCAAGAGUUCCACUCGCAGCUCGGCGUUCGUCUGCUCAAGGGCAGCAUCGGCCCCAUCCAGGACGUGCCCAUGAUGCUCAAGUCCGGUUAUCGCCACGUGUACGUCAGCCGAAGCUUUGCGCUCAACCACGGAUUUAUUCCCAAGGACACCACGCCGGGCACGUACGGUUUCAACGGCAUCACCAACCUCGGCAAGUGGCCCGUUCAGGUAGGAUCCAAGGCCGUGCCUUGCACGGUCAUGCUGGCCGAGGAUAGCUACUUCCCCGUGAUCUUGGGAAGGAGCUUCAUGGAGAAGCGAGGUGUUAGGACCGACCCGAUCGAUAUGACCUCGGUCACGUUCAUGGACAACGGAGAGAGGGCGGAUGUCGAGGUGGUCGUGGUUCGCGAUGAGCACGGAGAGCCUGUUCCGAUUCCCUGA